GCUUGGUGAUUCGGACAUUAAUUGCUCUAUAGAUCUAUACUGGUGAUACUGUUCGUUGACAUGGAAAUUUUGGUUGUCAAAUUUUUUCUGUUCAACAACAGCAAAGAGACACAGACAGAGAGAGGGCAGUCCCGUCGUAGACAACUACACUACAUCCAACUACACAAUGUUCAACGUCAGUGCUACACUCAACGUCAGUAGACUUCUCUACAAUCCAUCGCUUUGUCUUCCACAUUUGUGUAUCAAAUCAUUUGAUCAGCUCCCAAUACCAUUGGUGAUACCGAAUCAAACCAACUCGCCAACACCAGUCACUAUUAAAGGAAUCGUGCUUGACAAGGACAACUGUUUCGCCAAGGAUCACGAUGACAAAGUCUGGCCGGCAUACCAAGACACCUGGAAGGAAUUACUUAGCCACUACAAUAAAGAACACGUUCUCAUAGUCAGCAACUCAGCAGGAACAAACGACGACAUAGACCAUGUCCAAGCUGAGAAAUUGGAACGUGACACGGGAGUAACUGUUCUUCGUCAUGCCACCAAAAAACCAGGAUGUUUCGGAGAAAUCCAGACGUAUUUUGCUACGCUUGGCGUGGAGCCUCACGAAAUUGCCGUAGUUGGUGAUCGAUUAUUCACCGACAUGUUAAUGGCAAACAUGAUGGGAAGUUAUGGCGUCUGGGUAAGUGAAGGUGUAGAGUUGUCGACAAAAUUGUUUCCUAGUUUGGAAAGAACCGUUUACGACAAGUUGACCAAAAGAGAUGCUCCGUUUGUACCACCUGCUCCAAAAAACCUGUACAGCCACCAGUAGUUGCCCCUGCUAUCCAAGGCAUCUAUACAUAUGUAUACUUUUGAUAUGCCUCCAAAAUCUGUUUUCCUUAUAUGAAGAAUUCGCGGCUAUUCACAAGCGGCUGUCGUUUUUUGCAUCUUAUUCUUUUUACACACAUUAGCCCACAUCCACAAUUAGAAGUCCCCACCAUAUAGCGUCAAUACACAACAUUCAGCCGAAACAACCGCCACGUCUCCCAGCCAGACCGCACCAAUGGUCCACAACGUCCUCUUUGACCCACCAAUUCCCGAGGGCCACCACAUCAAUCUCGGGAAUGACACUAUAGUUGACACCCUAGCCACCAUUUACAACCCGCGUCUAUUCAGAAACUUGUUUCGCGUUUAUUUCACAUUCCUUCUUGUCCAGUACAUCCUCAUUUAUGCGUGUGUUCCCUUGGAGGAUAUCGAAAACAGACCGGCUAUCUGUGUGAUUACAUGCAUGUAUACGUUGGUUAUGUUUGUCAUCAAUGCUGCGUUGCUCCCUUUGUGUUCGAGCACGAUACCGACACUUGUGUCUUUGCGAUGCUCGUUUGUUUCUUUUGUUAUGGAGUUGAUUGGGUUGGUAUUGCACAUUACCCUGGUGGUUCAGUGCUUAAAUGCGGGUGAAAUGUUCCAGAUCGAGAGGGAGCGCGGGCAUACGUCGACUAUAAAGACGAGAGUGGAUACCUAUAUCAUUGUAUUUCAUGUUCUCGCCAUGUGUUUUGCGGCAUUGGCGACGGCUAGUGUGUUUUGUCUAUUUGUGAUUUGUUCUCGAGCAUUGGAGUUUAUCAACGGUAAGGUGGAUCGAAGAGUUAUCAAAAGGAACAAGAUUUACGAAGGAAUCAACAGUUCGAUUGAGGCGUUUGUUGAGGGUCAGAAGGACUACUAUUUAGUGUGAACUUAUAAUAUACAACUUCUUUUUUUUUAUUUAAUACAAAUAUAAUAU